UCUUUACCAAGAUGAACAAGUCAGUUCCUGACCACAGCAUAAAGGUCUUAGCGCCCCAUGCUGAUCUCCCUUCUGUUUGCAUUCAGUCUCAUCUGUUUCUCAAGAACAGGAAAAACAUUAGCUUCAGAAGCAAAGCCUCGCUGACCAAUGAACAUGAGCACCACGGCGGUCAUUGUGGUGGUUACAGCAAUGGUCAGUCUGUCCGCAUCCACCAACUACAGUCGUGACGGCAGACCUUUCUUCACUGGCUGCCGGUCGCCUGAGCAGGAGACCUUCACAUGUUGGUGGGAUCCGGGGGCUUAUGGGAACCUCACUGGAACCCCUGCCUUCAAGGUUCUCUACUCCAAAUCAGGAUGCCAGGACCCAAUGCAGUGCCCAGAUUAUGUCACAUCUGGAGAGAACAGCUGUUACUUCAACGAAACGUACACAUCUGUCUGGACUGGAUACUGCUUCAUGAUUCGUGUCGACACAGAGUGGGGAGCAGUCAACUCGCAGCCACACUACUUUGAUUUCCUUGAUAUCUUACAACCUGACCCCCCGGUGUCACUAACCUGGACCUUGCUGAAUGGCAGUGACUCCACCCACUACGCUGAUGUCAUAAUCAGCUGGUCUCCGCCUCCCUCUGCAGACGUGGACUCUGGUUGGAUAUCCCUACAGUAUCAGCUCCGCUAUAGGUCCUCCAACAGCGAGUGGAAAAUGAGCCAGCUGUUGCCGCAGAACUCGCUGCCGCUCUACGCCCUGGAGACUCUCCAUUACUACGAAGUGGAGGUCCGCUGCAAGCCUCUGUCCGAGGGGCAGUUCAGCCAGUUCAGCAAAACCCUCGGGUUUAUUCUCGACUGCAAGAACCCAUCAGCUCCUGCGAGCGAGGCGGUCUCGUUAGCUUGGGUCAUGCUCGCUCCUCUCACCAUGGCCCUGUCCCUCUUUCUACUUUACACUCUCUGCAGUACAGCUCGAAUUAAAGCCAUGCUGCUGCCUCCUAUACCUGUUCCCAAGAUUGCAGGGAUUAACACAGACCUGCUACAGAGCGGCAGUCCAGCCGAGCUUGGCAUACUCUCUGGCUUCUUCAGUGUGAGCAGCACAAUGGAGCCUGAAGAGGAACCCUGGGAAGACUUCCCAGAGCUGGACCUCCAAGACGACACAAAGGUGGUGGGAGAUCCAGAGAGCGUCACCAAGGGGCCCCUGACCAUCGGCUCCAUCGACGGCAGCGACUCGGGCUGGGAGAGCAUCGGCAGCGCUGAAACAGACUGCUGCCCAAAAAACGGGAAAUCCCUCAUCCGUGACUCUCUCGACUCGGUUUCUAGCGAGACCGAAAGCGUGUCUCUUGACGCGGGACUACUUUCAAAAGCAGGGCUUCUGGUGGGCACAAGUCUAGGAGCAGAGGCCAUCAAGAGCGCGGAGAUCUCCCAGCACAGCACCACAACGUACGCUUCCGCCUGUCUGCUCACCAAAACUGGAAAAGAAAACUUCAAGACUGGACCUUCCCCGAAUGCACUCUACAAAGACGGUGGAAAUACUACUUUUCAUUCCUAUGUGGCCAACAUCAGACCCCAAAGAGGAGUCAUCACAGUGGCUGCUAAUGGUUAUAUUCAAGGCUGUGCCAAGUGUAAUGCACACACAGGGAGGCAGGGCCAACGCUGUGCCACUAGUGAAUAUCUGAAAGGCAUGCCGCAUGAAGGCAUUACGCUACCAGAGAACGACGUCAACUACUACGUUACUCUAUAACCUCACAUACUGUGACAAAAUAACUGAAGAGUAGAGUUUGUAAAGUUCUGUGUGGUUCCUAAUUGAGAAAUCUAAAUGGAUCUAUUCCUUCACAAGAGUUCUGCCCAUAAAUUGUCAGUUCAGAUACUGAGCAAGCAACCCCCAAGAGUGAGGCAUGACGAUCAGGUCAGUGUGCAAGCCGAAAAGCAGAGGAGCACAUCAGUACGUUUUGCAAUCAUUCUGCAAAUAUUUAUUUUCCAAUUGGCAGUGGGUGUACCAGUAAUAAGGCAAACUCAUCCAUGAUACUGGAAAUGCAAGUAAUGUUUUUUCUUUCUUUUUUUUUACCCUGAACUGACUAUGACUAAACAGGCAAAAAAUUUAACAAACACAAAAUUCAAUAAUGUAGAUUAUUUCACCUGUAUAAUAUAUUUAGUUAUUUAUCCCUGUGCAAAUCUGGAAUUCAUUAUCAAGCACUGUAGACUUAUGGAAUAUGUAAUUUUGUGAACUGUAGUGAAGUGUGGGGUUAGCUGUAGUAGUUAUGUGUGUAAAAUCAAGAAGUGUUUAAUUUAAACAAUAAUUAAAGAGUGGACAUAGUGAAAACUGUCUGUGGCAUGCAAAUUAUGUAUCUAUCAUGUUUUACUAACACUUCAGAAUAUAGAAAUGUAUAUAGAAAUGAGUCAAUAAAUAAAAGAAUGAUGUAUUGUAUUAUUGACUGAAGUAUUUCUUUUGA